AUGCCCCCUCGUCCACCCGCCGCACCGGCCCUGCCCACCGCCGUCGCCACCGCCUACUCCCUCGCCCUCCUGCAGGAGUACACACACACGCUCGACGCACUUCCCCUCGACCUCUCCCGCAACUUCGCCGACCUCCGCGAACUCGACGCCGUCCUCUCUGCCUCCGUCCACUCUAUCACCUCGAAGAUUGAGCGCCUCACAACUAUCAUCGAACAAGAUCACAAUCCGGACCGUAAGGACGAGCGUCUAUGGCUCCUCGCUGAGAUCGCCGAGGAGGCAAGCCGACUUAAACCCGGAGGCGAGGACAAAAUCCGCGUCGCUUGCCAGGCCGCCGACAACCUCCAGACGCACGAGGCCCAUCUCACCACGCUGCUCGAAAACGUACCCUCCCCCGACUUUGAGACCGCCGUGAUCAGCAGGAAUACCGUCUAUCCGCACGUCGCGGCUCGCCAGUACACCAUGCAGGGCAACACUCAGGAGGGGAGACGUCGCCGAGCCGCCCUUGCAGGGCAAGCUUACGGCGGCCAGGAAAGCCCUGCGAAACGCAAAAGAGCGACACCCCGAGAAGAGGACAACGACGCUGCGGCCUAUGGUCGUGCCCCGCGCAAAGAGCAGCGCGUUCUCGAGGGGCACGCGCCGACGCGACAACCUCGCGCGGCUGCUCGCGUGAAGAAGUCUGAUCGCGCCGCCUCACCAGCGGAGUCUCUCCUCUCUAUUGCCUCCCACAUCCCUCAGGCUCGUACCGCCGCCGGACAUGCCUCUGUCAUUGGGACCAAACGGGAAGGUAGCAAUGCUUCGGGGACACGGCGUGGGCGGAACUCCAACGUUGGCACUCCCAUCACACAAGAAGCUUUCGUUGUGCCUAACCCUCGUGCGGAGCAGCCACCGUCUGCAUCCACCUCGCAUCCCUCAUUGCCAGCACCAUUGGCUAAUCAGUCCUACGCAAGCGCAGCUCAGGGAUGGGCACGUGGACCGUUGGAAGGUCCAGGUGUCGUACGCGAUAUCAGCCUCCCUCCUCCUGGGGCAGAGGAUAGUGCGGUCGAAGGGGAUGAAGAGGAGCCGGACACGCAACUAUGGUGUGUUUGUAACAGAGGGAGCUUCGGGCAGAUGAUUGGGUGCGACAGCAAGACCUGUCAAUAUUCAUGGUUCCAUCUGGAGUGUCUGCAGAUGACCAAAAUCCCGGAAGAACAGACCGAAUGGAUCUGCCCUUAUUGCGAAGAAAAGGCUGCGAAGAAGCCUCGUGGAGGAGCGCGAGGUGGAAAGCGGCGCGGUGGGAGCGGCGCAAGUCGAGCCAAAUCUACGCAAAACCAGAACAAAGCCCCGGUCGCAGCGAAACCGUAAGGUUGUUUAUCAUCUUGCACGAUGUUGCCCACUGUCUAUCGUCGAUGUCAUCCACCUAUUGCUCAAUGCAGCAUGUCCUGAAUCUUCGUCUGCGCAUGACGGUGACUCUAUUUGCGUUCCGUCAGGAGCGAAUAAUAAUCCAGCUCUCUCCCUGUAUCAUCGCCACGCAUAUUGUAUCCACCGUUGA